AUGGUCUAUGGGUUGGGAGAUAAUAGGUAUGGAUGUCUUGGAUUGGGUCACAACGUGUCCAUACAUUCACCACAACUUAUACCAGAAUUAUGUCAUCAAAACAUUCAGACAUUUAUUACUGGAUUUGACUUUGUGUUGGCUAUGGAUACUGUGAACCAUAUCUAUAGUUUGGGUCACAAUAUAUGGGGACAGUUGGGUAGAGAUGUGACACCAGAAGGGGUUUAUUUAAAACCCGAGAGAAUAUCGAAUUUCGACGACAAAGAUAUCCAACAAAUCAGUUGUGGUUCUCAUCACUCAUUGGCCCUCACAUCCAGUGGCCGGUUGGAGGUCAUAGGAUCGGGAGGUUUUGGGACAGUAUUGCGAGUGAAACACAAAUUUGAUGGACAGGUAUUUGCCGUCAAACGCAUUGAAAUUAAUGAUUUUGAUGAAAAAGAAGUGCAAAAUCUAAUGAAUGUUAGAUCAGAAUAUGUGGUCAGAUAUUAUCACUCAUGGCUUGAGCCGAGAUUUGGUUACAUUCAGAUGGAGUUGUGUUCACAAAGUCUACGGAAUAUACUUGAAGUCAAACAUAAAGUAUUUGAGAGACAAAUAGGAGAUCCCUUGGAUUGUGUCGAGUAUUUCAUUUCGUGUGAAAUAUUUCGACAGAUCUUAGAAUGCGUUCAAUACUUGCAUGGAUUGGAUCCACAGAUGAUUCACAGAGAUCUCAAACCCGACAAUAUAUUGAUUGUACACAACGUAAGGAACGGUAGAUUUGUGAAGUUAUGUGACUUCGGUUUGGCUACAGUUCACGACAAACGCAUUCACUACAGGACGACACGUAAACAUACGGCAGAUAUCGGUGACAUGAGAUAUAUGGCCCCUGAAAUUGGUCAGGGUGAAAAAUACGGCCUUAAGUCUGAUAUUUAUAGUCUGGGACUAAUUGGUGGAGAAAUAUUUGGUGUGAAAGUCAUACUUAUUGAACCAAAUAAGCUA